UUGAAAGAGCUGACACUAUAGACUUCCUUUGACCUACUUCUUUUAGCUUUUUUGUUCAAAUUUCUACUAGGAAAUUGGCAAAUGGCUAGCUAGAAUGCUGCAAACAUUUUGUAUUGACUCGCUAUGUAUUUUUUGGCUAUAGUCUUUUUAAUAUUGAUCUUAAGUUUUGUUUUAUGAUUGAUUUGAGUACAUCCAUUUAUUUCAGAUGAGAGAAGCAAACCACUGGCUACACUUUAUCAUUUUAAGUUAUUUUCAAAAUGUGGUUCUAUGUGUUGGUGUUGACACUAGCCUGUCUUGACUCUGUGCGGAGUUGCACUGAGGAGAUGCUAAAAAAUCUACCGGAAAGGACCUGCAAUGACUGUCCAGCAGGCUUUCACAUUGAAAAAGGAACCUCCAAAUGCAUAAAAUGUAUUGCGGGCAAAGAAUUCGCUGCAAUACAAAAUUAUGAUGUAGCUUGUAAACGCUGUAAAGCAUGUGAUGAAAGAGCCUCUCAAAUGGUGGUGAAGAGUUGUGAGCCCAAGAAUGACACUGAAUGUGGCUGCAUGAAGAGUUACUACCCAAAGAAAUCCAGAAAUGGGUUGCAAUGCUUCAAAUGUCAAACUAAAGACUGUUCCAACUAUACAGAAUGUCGCUCCUCCUGCACCAUUACUACGACUCAGAGACUCCCAACCUUGACACCCUUGGAACCCAACCCCAGCAUCACUCAAACAGGUCCAGUACAUUAUCCCCUUCUGACCAUCGGGUAUGUCUUUGUGAUUGUCCUGGUGACCAUUAUGUUAUUUGCCGGUCUCCUUGUCCUGACUAAGGGUGGAUGGAUGGUACAUGGCUGUUGUGCGACCCCUGAAAAGGACCUCCAGUUGCCUACAAGGGACACAUCAGCCAAUGGUCAGCCAAAUGGCCCAACAUCACUGACACUGAAUAUUACUCAAGGGAUUCCCAUGACGACAUUCUCUCACAGUGCUGCCAAGACAGAGUAUCACACCCUUGUCACACCCCUGUUGCCAGCCAGAGAGCCCAGAAUCCCUCGACAGGAGACCCAGGAGGAGCGCUGGCCCGCCAAGGUGUUGUACGCCAUCAUCAAGGAGGUGCCUCUGCGGCGCUGGAAGGAGUUCCUGCGCCUGCUCUCUGUGCCCGACCGACAUCUGGAGCGUGUGGAUCUGGAGCCGGGCCUAGGCUCCAUGGAACGGCAGUACCAGAUGCUGCGGCUGUGGAGCCAGGGCCCGGCUGCAGGCCUGGAGGAUGUCUACUCUGCUCUGCUCUACAUGGACCUGGCCAGCUGUGCCCACCAGCUGCAGGACAGCUUGGAGCAGCUGCAAGCGCUCCAGUCGAUAGCCCCAACCAAUGACAUCCCUGCAGAGAACUACAGAGUCUGUAGGCUUACUUAGCCCGUGUCACAUCAUCCCAGCACCACCACAUAGGAUUUUGGAGGCUGAUGGGACAUCACUUAUGACUUCACCACAGAAUAAGAUCAUACCCAGAUGUGAAUAUGACAUCAUGACAGCAUCAUAAGACCAUGAAGGCUGUUCUUUUCUUCUUCUUUUGAAAUAGAUUUGAGUCUUUUUAUAUUUUAUUUACAGUAAUUCACGAAUGAGAAUGAGAGACUCAUGGAGAGAGAGAAUUAGACAUAGAUCAAACCCCCACCACCAAGGACCUGUGACAUCAGGAGUCGGCAGUUCUACCACUACUCUAGUCACGGUGCUAGAAGCGUCCCUCACCCACCGAACUGUAAAUAUGAUGUCACCACCUCGACUGUAGUCUUCCUGUUCAAGUUCCACUUCAGAGACUGGUUACCUGCAGGGUUUGGCAGGUUACUUUCUAAAUGUAAUCUGUUACAGUUACUAGUUACCUGUCCAAAGUUGUAAUAAUUAACGUAACUUUUAGAUUACCCAAACUCAGUAAUGUUAUCUGAUUGCUUUCGGUUACAUUUGGAUUUACUUCCCCCUUAAUAGGCAUUAGAAGAAGACAAAAAGGAUCCAUCAAAUGCAUUUGGUGUGUCAUCAUAGUGGUCUCGGACUUGUGGUCAGACUUGCUCAGGUUGAACAAAAUGAAUCCCGACCCUUACACAUUCAUUACUAUGGGACAGUUGGAGAUAUUGAAACAAUGUUGCAAAUUUGUCGGCGAGACAGACAGUAAGGUUUAUACAAAUCUCCUCUGUUGAAAACUAAAUGUUAGUCUAAAAGAAAUUUGAGAUAAUGUCUAGAUGCUUUUUAAGUUUAACUUCCCUGCCUGGGCUGAUGAGACAGUAGAUUGCCAGAUGGAACAGAGUAAAUAGGCAUUUUAACGUCAUAGAUUUAGCCGGUGGUAACUUGUGGAAUAGACACCGGAUGGAAUGCGCUUUUAACCAAUCAGCAUUGGGAAAUAAUGCAUGCUCUAGAAUGCCAAUCAGAAAUUAGUCUUCAACAAUGGUAUGAAUGGAAUUAAUACUAAGUACACAUAGGUCAGACCUAUACACAGAAUUAGUGAUUAGAAUACUAAUCUCUAUGGAUAUACAGUCAUUGGAUCAGAGCCAUAGAAUUAAACAUCACAUUUAUUUGCCUAAGUCAGUUAAGAACAAAUUCUUAUUUUCAAUGACAGCCUAGGAACAGUGGGUUAACUGCCUUGUUCAGGGCCAGAACGACAGAUUUGUACCUUGUCAGCUCGGGGAUUAGAUCUUGCAACCUUUCGGUUAUAAAUCCAAUGCUCUUACCACUAGGCUACCUGCCGCCCCAAAUAAUGACAUCAUAGCAGCAUCACAAGACCAAUCAAGAGGACCAUUGCAAUCCCCCCAAAAACUGUCAAUCAAGCAGUGGAACAAUUUAGUAUCUUAUAGAAAUUAGAUUGUUUGGGGUGAUAAUGUGUCAGCUAUUAUGUAACCUUGGUGAAGACUGUAUCAGAGGAGGAUCGUUGUAAUGAUGGGCCAGUGAGUCGGAAGCAGGAGCAGGUGAAACGUUUUAAUAAAACAACACCGAGAACACACCGCUAACAUAAGGCAGCAUGCCGACAAGCACACUAUCCCUUUUCUGUUUAUAUACAGUAUAUAUAUUUGAUUUGAAAAUUUAUAUGUUAUCAGUAAUGUUCUGGUAUUUUUUUUUUUAUGUGUUUACCCAUUUCUGGUGAUAAGUAUGUUAAUUGUCAGAGAAAGAUUUGUACUGCAUAUUGCUACAUAGAGUAAUAAAAGUGAAUAUUUUUUAAACAAUUCCAAACCCUGUAGGGCAUGAUAUUUUACUUUAUUUGUAUUAUUCUCAAUUACAGCAGACAUUUGAUUAAAGCUAGAGUCCUUAAUUGAAACAAUAACAUAAUAAGUGUUUUGGUAAAAAGCUGAGAGAUGGGCCUGGAGAAAUAUAACCACUCUCAGAUUCAUCGGGAAAGAUACCUGAUUCUUUGCACAACUGAAUGCAAAUGAGUCUUCAGCGCGGUGUGGGGGCUGCCUUAAUCAAUGUCAUCGGGAGCAGUUGUUGUUGGGAGUUAACUGCCUUGCUCAAGGGCAAAACGGCAGAUUUUUACACCUUGCCGGCUCGGGGAUUUGAACCAGCGACCUUCCGGUUACUAUCCCGCUCUUAACCGCUAGGCUACGAAUGCAAGGACUGACCAUCAAUGAUAUCAGAAUGAUACUUUUAACCAUGUUUAGAGGCUAUAGUGUUUGUUUACAUUUACAUUGUUUACCAACAUUGGAGUAAAACAAGUUUAUAUUUCCGUUUCUGAUGGGGUACACCAGUUGAACUAAUCUCAUGAGGCAUAAGUUACAUUGUUCAAGAAUCAAUGGGUAUAUAUCAUUAAUUUAUAAGUCCAUUAUGGAUGUAGCAACUAAGGAUUCUAGCUUUAAAUAUAUGUACAGCACUAUGUUACUCAAGGUAAAAUAAUUAUAUGCUUAAUUGAAGUAUGCUGGGGUGUAAAAAUCAUCACUAAUAAACUGAAGUUGAAUUACAAAUGUAA